CCUCCCACUCUGAGAAAACGCACUUGCCUCCAUGAGCGACGACACGACGCUGGCCAACGGCGGUGCCCACGAGGCCUCGCUCGCAGAGUCUCGGAACACAGCCGUGGUACCGUGGGGCCCCGAACCUCCGUCGGCGUCUGUAGACGCGUCGAAACGCGCUUUCCGACGGAACCGUGGCCUGUGCAGGGCGCGAAAGCGCCGUCGCCGCGCUCAGAGUGCUCAGAGCCCGUCGCCGGCGGUGGACGCUCGCCGAGCUUCUCGGAUGUCGUCGCGAGAGUCCGGCAGCGACAGCGCCUCAGACGCCUGCGGCACCCCCGCGGCCGACACCUCGGAGGAAGUGACUAGCGCGUACGCUCGCGUGUCGUCCACUGCCGCUGUCGACGGCGGCGAGGCCCACGGUGCCGCCGAACUCGCUCAGACGGUGCAAGCCCCUCAAGAUGCCACCGGGUCGGUCGCGAGCGACGUCAAGCAGGAAGGCCCGACGGAACCUCAGCGCAGUACUUCCGCAAACGGCACGCCGCCGCAGCAGCAGAAAGAUGGACGCCCCAGCCCCUCGCUGGAGCGCCUGGGCGAGACGACCCCAUGGGACCGCUGGUCACAGCCGACCCCCGAUGGCGGCGCGGAGCCCCAAGCUGCGGGGACGAGCGCAAUCGCUGCCUCAACUCCGCAAUCGGGAAACGACAAUGCCACCGACGCCCACAGGGACCGCCGCAAGUCAUUUGUCCGAUUCGGUGGCACGACAAUCCGCGAGAUCACUCAGCGCACCCGGUCGGCCCUGGCGUGGCACGGGGGCCAGCAGCACAUGCUCAUGGCGCUGGUGGCCGUCGUCAUGCUGCUGCUCUCGCUCGCCGUGCUCAUCCUCAUCUUCGUGCGCGUCGAGGAACCACUGGUGCUGACGCGGUGCUCGUCCUCCAACUGUCGAAACGCCGCCCGCAACCUCGAGCGCUUCGUCGACGUCGGGGUGGACCCCUGCAAGGACUUCUACGGGCACGUCUGCCGCCGCUGGGAGCGAGACGCCGCCGCCGCACCCAAGGACGACGCCAACGCAGCUGUGGUUAUGGCGAGCGACGACUUCCUGGACGCUCACUGGCGGUUCAUGCUGGCGCGCAUCAACACCAGCCUGCACGUGAGCGCUGCAGAGGCGGACGCGCACCAAGGUGGACACGCAGCCACCGAUUUAACACCUCUGCACGCCGUGGCCAGCUUCUACAGGUUUUGUCAUCGCUUCCUGCUGUCCCCGAACGUGUCGCUGGCAGCCAUGCUUGAAUCGUUGAAGAUCGACAUCGCCCCCCUGCAGGUUGUGCUCACGGCGCAGGACCCGACGUCGCAGCUCAGGGCGGCCGUCACUUUGUCGCUGACCCUCGGCGUCCACAUAGCGUUCAGCCUCGACGUCGUGCACUCUGCCUACCACGAGACAACGCAGCUUCGCGUCUUCAAGGGCAGCACGCUGGCGCAAAAACUGGGUGAAGCGAACCACACGGCAGCCACCGAGCACUACCUGGCGCAGCUGUACUACGAGGCGUCACGCCUCCUCACGUCGAGGGAGAAUGCUGGCGGCAGCCCGCGGCUGAAGGACGUGCUCGAGCUGGACCGGCAGUUGGCCUCUCUGCUCUCGAAAGGCGGCUCCGAGGUGCGCUUCCCAAUGACCGUGCUCGGCUCCUUGAGCGAUCGCCUGGGCACUCUCGAGUGGAUCCGACUGGUGAACGAGCAGCUGUCGCCGCCACACCGGCUCGGGUACCAGGACUACGUCUCCGUCGACUCCUACGACGCCUUGCGGGACGCCAUUCGUUUCUUCUUUGGCAAAUUCGAAGGCCUUCAUGAGGUGGCCUACUACAUCUGCCUGCACGUUCUUGUGGAGGUGCUACGACUCGACUACCAGCGCAGGCAGCAGCAGCAAGGCCUCGCAGCAUCCAAGAGCGCGGCCGAGUCCGUAGUGCGGACUUGCGUCCAGGUCACUCAGGAAGCCCUGUCCGGCACGUGGUCGGUGCUGCUGUCCGCCGUGCUGGCCCCCGAGAGCAGCGGUGAGCACGCCGCCCGUCUCGUGGUCGACGCGGUGCUGCGGUCGGCGCACCACGACGAGAUGGCGUGGAUGGACGACGCGUUACGGAAAAGGGCCCGCAAGAUCAUGGCCACCGUCAGCGCGACGCCAUACCGGCCACCGGCUGGGACGCUGUCCUCCGAGCACGCGACGACGGUGAUGGCGCGCCUUCGGGACGCAGCGAACGCGAGCCAGUUUCCAGGUAUGCUGUGGUCUCUGCGGCUGGCUCGGAGGGCGGAGUCGCUGCAGCACCCUCCGUCGGAAAGCGAGGUGGCAGCCAUCAGCCACUUUCUGGGCGCUCGCGUUCGCUACGACGCCAGGCUUAACGUGCUGCUUCUGCCCAUCGCCGUGCUGCUGAGGCCCGUGAUGUACCCGGUGGACGUGCCCAUCGAGAUGGCCAUGGGCACGCUCGGUUCAUUGUUGGCCGAGGAGCUCUACCGGGCCCUGUUCCCGCCACCCAAUGACAAGGAGCUGUGGGCUACCGGAACGAGGCACGCCAUUGACCGGUUCGAGCAGUGCCUCCGGUCCUUGUGGUUGAACAGGACGAACGAGACGUUGGCGCCCACCCCGACUGAAGCCGAUGGCCGAGACGCACCGGGAACGUAUGGCGCCGGCGAGCUGCUGUUCUGGACGCAAGGCGCCCGACUGGCUUUCGCCAGCCUCAAGGAGGCGCUGAGCGGCUUCCAGCGAGCCACCAACUGGCCCAGCUACUGGCGUCGCGCGCAGAAAGGCUUCUUCCGCCGCUUCUGCCAGCUGCGCUGCUCGGCGAGCAAACCGAGUUCGCGACUGCGCUGCCUCCUGCCGCUCGCGAACAUGGUUGAGUUCCCCGAAGCAUUCGAGUGCCCGGGAUCCAAGGCCGCCGCAUCGAAAGGCGCCACGGGCAGCUACUGCGAGCUGCAAUAGCUUUGCUGAUUAGUUUGACUUUCUUAAAUACUUUUGUGACUGCGCGCCUGUGCACCAGAUGGCGUGUAUAACUUUCGCGUGUUUCCCAGUGUGGGUUUGCAAUUGCGAACUUCUGUUUGCGCAAUCUUCGGGCGUGAUUUAUCCACGUCAUUGUUGAGUUUGUCACGAUAACUUGUCUGAUUACCCUGUAUAGUCCUACCUUCAACCUUGACAACUUAAAUAUGUACUGUUUGCAUCAUAAGUUACGCUUCUCCAUCUUUUGUUUUGUUAGUGGAAAAGCGCACGCGGACGUCCUUGUGAAGUAAAGACCGCUCGCGUUAAAGGGACAGACAACCGCUGAAAACAUGAAUCGAAAUAACCCCGCUGAUGGAAA